GCAGGAAACGGCCUCGUUCUGAGAGUCAGGGCAACACCUAGAGAAAACAGGGAGACAGCGGAGGGCAGAGCGGGGGGAGUUUUGCGAAGCUGUUUAUCCGUAAUAUGGGAAGAAAAUAACACUAAGACGGUCGGGGUCAUAAUAGGUCCGAGUCACACACUACACAGCGAAGGUUUUACGGCGUGCUCCGUUUUGUGAAACACUAAGCAAGCAGCAUGUCGAGGGGUGUGCUGCAGCCAAGCCAGCAGAAGCUGGCGGAGAAACUGACCAUCCUCAACGACAGGGGAAUCGGGAUGCUCACCCGCAUUUAUAACAUCAAAAAGCAAGGACAAGUUUGGAAGGCAUGUGGGGAUCCCAAAGCAAAGCCUUCGUAUCUAAUAGACAAAAAUCUUGAGUCUGCUGUCAAGUUUAUUGUUAGAAAAUUUCCAGCUGUGGAAACCCGCAACAACAAUCAACAGCUUGCACAACUUCAAAAAGAAAAAUCUGAAAUACUAAAAAACCUAGCUUUAUAUUAUUUCACAUUUGUCGAUGUCAUGGAGUUUAAGGACCAUGUGUGUGAACUGCUGAACACUAUUGAUGCUUGCCAAGUUUUCUUUGACAUUACAGUAAACUUUGAUCUUACUAAGAACUACCUAGACCUUAUUGUAACCUACACUACAUUAAUGAUGCUGCUGUCUCGGAUUGAAGAGCGAAAAGCAAUCAUAGGUCUCUACAACUAUGCUCACGAAAUGACACAUGGUUCGAGUGACCGAGAAUAUCCUAGACUUGGUCAAAUGAUUGUAGACUAUGAAAAUCCGUUGAAAAAGAUGAUGGAAGAAUUUGUACCCCACAGCAAGUCCCUUUCCGAUGCUCUGAUUUCACUUCAGAUGGUGUAUCCUCGACGAAAUCUAUCUGCUGAUCAGUGGCGAAAUGCCCAGUUACUAAGUCUGAUCAGUGCCCCAAGCACUAUGCUUAAUCCCGCUCAAUCAGACACAAUGCCCUGUGAAUAUCUUUCUCUGGAUGCCAUGGAGAAAUGGAUUGUCUUUGGAUUUAUUCUGUGCCAUGGUGUGCUGAGCAGUGAUCCAGCUGCACUCAAUCUGUGGAAGCUUGCCCUUCAGAGCAGUUCCUGCCUGUGCCUCUUCAGAGAUGAAGUCUUCCACAUUCACAAAGCUGUGGAAGACUUAUUUGUGAACAUUAGAGGCUACAACAAACGUAUCAAUGACGUCAGAGAAUGCAAAGAGGCUGCCUUAUCACAUGCGGGCUCCAUGCACAGAGAGCGGCGCAAGUUCUUAAGGUCUGCCUUAAAAGAGCUUGCCACAGUUCUUGCUGACCAGCCUGGGUUAUUGGGCCCUAAGGCACUGUUUGUGUUCAUGGCUCUAUCCUUUGCCCGGGAUGAAAUCAUCUGGCUUCUUCGGCAUGCAGAUAACAUCCAGAAGAAAAGCACAGAUGACUUCAUAGAUAAGCAUAUUGCUGAAUUAAUAUUUUACAUGGAAGAGCUAAGAGCACAUGUGCGAAAAUAUGGACCAGUGAUGCAGCGAUACUAUGUGCAGUAUCUGUCUGGAUUUGAUGCUGUUGUACUGAAUGAACUUGUUCAGAACCUGUCUGUCUGUCCUGAAGAUGAAUCAAUAAUAAUGUCUUCCUUUGUGAACACUAUGACUUCGCUCAGCGUGAAACAAGUUGAGGAUGGAGAGGUGUUUGAUUUUAGAGGUAUGCGACUGGAUUGGUUCAGGUUGCAGGCCUACACAAGUGUGUCCAAGGCCUCCCUGGGUUUGGCAGACCACAGAGAACUUGGAAAGAUGAUGAACACUAUUAUUUUUCACACUAAAAUGGUAGAUUCACUUGUGGAAAUGUUAGUGGAAACCUCGGAUCUCUCUAUAUUCUGCUUUUACAGUCGUGCAUUUGAGAAAAUGUUCCAGCAAUGUUUGGAGCUGCCUUCACAAUCUAGAUACUCGAUUUCUUUCCCACUGGUCUGCACCCAUUUCAUGAGCUGUACCCAUGAACUGUGCCCAGAAGAGCGACAUCAUAUUGGAGACCGGAGUCUGUCUUUGUGUAACAUGUUUUUGGAUGAAAUGGCAAAACAAGCCCGGAAUCUCAUUACAGACAUUUGCACAGAGCAGUGCACUCUUAGUGACCAGUUAUUGCCAAAACAUUGUGCCAAAACCAUCAGUCAAGCGGUGAACAAGAAGUCUAAAAAGCAGACUGGGAAGAAAGGAGAACCUGAACGAGAGAAGCCGGGAGUUGAAAGCAUGAGAAAGAACAGGCUUCUUGUUACCAACUUGGAUAAGCUGCAUACAGCACUGUCAGAACUGUGUUUCUCUAUCAAUUACGUACCAAAUAUGAUCGUUUGGGAACACACCUUCACUCCAAGGGAAUAUUUGACGUCACAUCUGGAAAUCCGCUUUACCAAAUCCAUUGUUGGGAUGACUAUGUACAAUCAGGCAACACAAGAAAUUGCAAAACCCUCAGAACUUUUGACCAGUGUAAGGGCCUACAUGACAGUACUGCAGUCCAUUGAAAACUAUGUACAGAUUGAUAUCACAAGAGUGUUUAACAAUGUUCUCCUGCAGCAGACACAGCACUUAGAUAGUCAUGGAGAACCAACAAUAACCAGUCUGUACACAAACUGGUAUUUGGAAACGUUACUGAGACAAGUAAGCAAUGGACACAUUGCAUACUUUCCAGCCAUGAAAGCAUUUGUGAACUUGCCUACAGAGAAUGAAUUGACAUUUAAUGCAGAAGAAUACUCAGACAUAUCGGAAAUGAGGGCUCUUUCCGAGUUGCUGGGACCAUAUGGAAUGAAAUUUCUCAGUGAAAGUCUCAUGUGGCACAUCUCAUCGCAGGUGGCAGAACUCAAGAAACUGGUGGUGGAUAAUGUUGAAGUGCUGACACAAAUGAGGACCAGCUUUGACAAGCCAGACCAGAUGGCAGCACUGUUCAAGAAGCUUACAUCAGUUGACAGUGUCUUGAAGAGGAUGACCAUUAUCGGUGUGAUACUUUCAUUCCGCUCACUGGCACAAGAAGCACUCAGAGAUGUGUUGUCUUGCCACAUUCCCUUUCUUGUAAGCUCAGUCGAAGACUUCAAGGAUCACAUUCCAAGAGAAACUGAUAUGAAGGUGGCAAUGAAUGUGUAUGAGCUUUCUUCAGCAGCAGGAUUGCCCUGUGAGAUUGAUCCAGCCUUAGUUGUGGCUUUAUCUUCUCAAAAGUCUGAAAAUAUCAGCCCAGAGGAGGAAUAUAAAAUUGCUUGCCUUUUGAUGGUUUUUGUGGCAGUUUCAAUGCCAACUCUGGCAAGCAAUGUCAUGUCACAGUACAGUCCUGCAAUUGAAGGACACUGCAACAAUAUUCAUUGUUUGGCAAAAGCUAUAAACCAGAUAGCUGCUGCCCUGUUUACCAUUCAUAAGGGGAGUAUUGAGGACCGUCUGAAGGAGUUUCUGGCUCUUGCUUCUUCCAGCCUGCUGAAAAUUGGACAGGAGACAGAUAAAACAACUACACGAAACAGGGAAUCUGUUUACUUGCUCCUUGAUAUGAUUGUCCAAGAGUCCCCAUUCCUUACUAUGGACUUGCUGGAGUCAUGCUUCCCAUACGUCCUGUUACGGAAUGCGUACCAUGCAGUCUACAAGCAGAGUGUUACAUCUUCAGCAUAAAAGUUAAAACCCUGAAUCCAAGGUCUGAAGAGUGGAUUCCUUUGGCCUUGGUAAUACAUAAAACUGUGUGGGUUGUUUUGCAUUUUAGUCUUAAAACAAGAUUUAUGUGGGAUCAGAUCAUGUUUCUUUUUUCAUAAAAGGUGUAUUAAUGACAAUUUGUUUCAUAUAACAGGUAUAGUAAUCUAUAAGCUUGGUUGAUGAGACUCAGUGACACUACUAAAUCCAUGUUUGACACCAUUUGUGUUUAAAAAAUAUUUUGGGGGGGGGGGGGGUUGAUUUUAAGUAUCUUCAAUCAUGCAAAAUAUGUUGCUUGUUUACUGAAAUGCUUAAAUGAUAGUGGUUCUUUUUAGAUGGUUGUUCUAGAUUUCAUCUGUGUGGGUUAUAAUGUGCUUUUUGUGGAUUUACAUUUUUACACUUUUUCUUUUGAAAUAUUUGCCAAAUUAUUGACACUAGCAUCUCAUUUUGUUUGGAGCUAAGCAGAACUGUUGUUAACAACACAGUAUUACAAGGAUCAGAAGGUGUUUGUACAAAGCAUAGUAUAAUUUUUUAAACUAACUUUCAUUAAGCCGUCUUGGCAUUAACACCACCAUUGUACUCUUCUGUAUGGUAUGAUAAACAUUCUUACAUAUUUAUUGAAUGUUUAUAAAUUGUUCUCCCUUAACCACUUUUUUAUAUGUUUUAAAUUUUUUGAAAUUCCAGUGUAUCUUCCGUAACACAAAAUAAACAUUAGGGUAUAUCAA